AUGAAUCACGAAAUCGUUGCAUUCUACGGCGAACUUAGCAUCCGGAUGGUAGCAAAAGCUAUGGGUGGAGCAUUCCACCAGAUGCAGCACGAUCUGGCAAAAGCUGCCUGUCCUGUUGCGCCGAAGCCGAAAAAACAAAAGAACUCGAGCAAACCAACGCUGCAAGAGAUCGCGCUGCGAUUUAUAAGCCGCGAAGGAAAUGCAGGAUCAUGCAGCAUCGACGAAAAUAGCGGUUGCUCAUACACACAAGUGACGUGCGAUGUCGGAAAUUUUGUCCGACACUUCCGAACCCAGCAUCCAAACGCGGCCAGGAGACACGGACUUAUGAGCGAGAAGGAUACAGGCGCCCGGAAACCACGAGCAAUCGCAAAACGCCUCAUAGGUAUUGAUCGGCGUUUGUUGCUCGAAUCUUUAACGAAGCUGGUGUGCUAUCAUAAUCUUCCUUUAUCUUGUGUCGAGUGGGAAGGUCUCAAGCAAUUGAUGGACCCAAUUGCCUCCGCAUUGGAUGUGACGCUGAAUCGAGGAAAAAACAAAAUGAUCAUUCAUGCCAUAGCCAACAGGGUUCGUGCCGCUUUGGGAAAGGAGAUGAAAAAUAUUUUACUUUCACUGAAGGUCGAUUCCGCUUCGAGAUUCCACCGCCAUAUACUUGGAAUCAAUGUUCAGUACGUUUUAGACGGAAAAAUCGUCAUUCGUACUCUUGGCAUGGUAGAAAUCAAGGAGCGGCAAACAGCAGCAUUCCUGAAGGAAAAGAUUUUAGAUGUGAUUCAAUCGUAUGGGGUGAGCAUAGAACAAAUCUUCUCCGUUACUGUCGAUAACGGAUUGACGCCUAAAAUUUGGGAGUUCAUCGAGCACUAUGUGCAGGCCUUUGAGCCCUUGGAUAUCUGCACCAAAAAACUUCAGGAACGGCAUGUUUCAUUGUCCGAUUUCUAUAUCGCGUGGCUCAUGACAAUCAACUCAGUACGAAACAUGUUUUCGAAUCCUUUUGCCCAGAAGUUGACUAAGGCUCUGACAGAUCGCUUGGUUAAGUUGAAAUCGUCUCAAGCAUUCCAGAUGGCUCUUUUUGUGGAUCCCCGCUUGAACUUCUUGAACUCCAAACUGUUCAACGAAGAUGAAAAGCUACAUAUUCAGACAUGUAUCAAGGACACCUGGAACAGAAUUCGAAGACUGAAGCCAUCACCUUCUGAAAUGUCAGCUAACAACAGUUCCAAUAGCAAUUCUCAAUUCGACGAUUUCGUGACGGAGCUUUAUGGUGGUACUCUGUCGAAGACAGCAAACGAUGCAACUGAUUCGUCAUUUGUCCAACAACUUAAGGCGUUGGAAGCUGAACCUCGUCAAGACCACACAUUUGACGUGUUCAAACAUUGGGUGAAGCGUAGAGAAUCGCAUCCGGAGCUUUUCGAGGUUGCUAUGGUUGUCGUAGCAACACCCUCGAACCAGAUUUCAGUAGAGCGGUCCUUUAGCGCGUUAGCUCUGAUUCUCACGUCGCACCGAGUUGGAUUGGGACAAGAUGCACUAGAAGAUAUAUUGAUCAUAAAGCUCAACCGGGACAUUUUUGAGAAAGAGGCUGAAUUGAUCGAUUGGGAUGAUCUGGUCAGUAAUGUGAAUUCUUAGCUUGAGUCUAGUCUUGGAGUUAUUGAGAUUAUGGUUAGCAACAGCACGGUGAUAUACCAUCAAGAGAAAUAGUUUACAAAAAGAAUUUUGAAUUAGUUAUCUGGGAAAUAUGUUCUCUUUUUUUGUUCUAUUGUUUUAUAUUUUUAAAUAAAACGAAAUACAUAAGUACCUUUUAUUUCGACAAUAAAAUAAUUUUGAGCUUUUUUUUUUAAAUGCGCCGUUGGUAAGGUAGACGCGUACAAUUUCCAUGUGACUUUAUUGGUUUUUGUAGGAAUGUAGGGUGUAAGAAAAUUAAGGAAGGGAAUCCUGUUGUUGGGGCAUCGCUAUAACUUAGUAAAUUUAUCCAGUUGACUCGUAUGUUUGUACAAUGUACAUGACUAGAUAGAUGCUUCCUCACCAUAUACGAAAUUCAUAUAAGUAGAUUAUAUAGUUUUAUCCUUUGUACACGCUUAGAUACUAUAGGGUAGCGAGCCACUUGGGCAGUGGCCGGUAUUUUGGGCACUCUUCGCUAUUACUCAGUCAAUUCCAAACCAAUUGACUUGAAAUUUUGUACACGGCUAGAUACUAUACAUAUCUCUCCGCGUUCCAAAAAUUGUGCCAAUUGGUACAAAAUUGGCUGAGUUAUUGCAGAAAAGUGCCCAAAAUACGAGCCCUGCCGAGAUGGUUCCACUUCCCUACCUAUCUCACCGCGUUAUAGCGGAAAGUGCUCAAAAUAGAAGCCACUGCCGGAGUGGCUCGGAUCCCUAACUACAUUUUUAUUACGCACCUACACUAGAAUUCUCUUUACGAGAUGGUAGUAGGAAGGAUAUCUCGAAAGUUCAGUACGUGUAAAGUUAAGAAGAUCCUUGUCCGUGUAGCUGCCGGCUUAGAAUAGCACUACGGACUCCCUGUUCCGGUGGUAAGAGUCCUCCAAACAGGGAAACCCAAGGUGUCAGGCGACCCGCCUAAACCAAACCGUUUUAUCGCUUUAAGUUUAUUAUUACAAAUUACUCAUCAAAGCCCUAUGAGAAUCAUUUUUGUAGCAUUCAAAACCAUUGCCGUACGAAGGUUCAAUCCUGAAAUAGUAUUGCGCAUUUCCUACCCCACUGGACCCCUUUCG